AUGCUGCAGCAGCUGCAGCAGCAGCAAAUUGCUGCUGAGCUUCUGUAUGACCAGCCUUCGGAGCAGCUGCAGCUGCUGCCGCUGCUGCUGCGGCACCUCGUUGCUGCUACCUACUUUCCCGCAGCAGCAGCAGCUGCUGCUGCUGCUGCUGCUGCACCAGACGAGGCUGCUGCUCCAGCAGCAAAAGCAGCCGCAGAAGCAGCAGAUGCUGCUCCGCUGACGCAGGUCUACGACGCAGAUGCAGACACAGCAGCAGCAGCAGCAGCAGCAGCAGCAGCAGCAGCAAGUGGCUCUCUGCUUGCUCUGCUGCUGCAGGAAUACCCACGGGAGAUGCAGCAGCUGCUGCAGCAGCAGCCGAAGGGGCACCUGCAGCUUUCGCAGCAGCUGCUGCUGCCCACUUGCUGUGCCGCUCCGCCGCUGCAAUCGUGGCUGCAGCAGCAGCAGCAGCAACAGCAGCAGCAGCAGCAGCAGCAGCAGCAGCAGCAGCAGCAGCACGAGGACACGAACCCACAAAAGGGCGCUGAGGUGUAUAGGGAGCUCACAGCCACCACAGAAUUGAUCCUUUACAGCUGCGGAGCUGGCAGCAGCCGCCGCUGCAGCAGCAACAGCAGCAGCCCUGGCAGCAGCAGCAGCAGCUGCUGCAGCAGCGAAGCGAGCACAGUCGUCAGCAGCAGCGCCGCGCAGCGCCUCAGCGACUGCAGCAGCGACCGCAGCAGCAGCAGCAGCAGCAACAGCAGCAGCAGCAGCAGCAACAGCAGCAGCGGCAGCAGCAACAGCAGCAGCAGCAGCAGUUGCUGCUGCUACCUGCAGGUCUUAGUCAGGAAGAAGCGGCCAGCUGUGCUGCUGACAAGCACCAGCUACACUGCAGAUGAAGAUUUGCUGCUGCUGCUGCAGGGGCUGCAGCUUUACGACGCAGCAGCAGCAGCAGCAGCAGCAGCAGCGGCAGCAGGAGAGGCAUCAGCCGAGUGGCAGCAGCAGCAGCUUCCCGAGCUGCUGCUGCUCGUCACAGGGAGAGGCAGCAGCAAGCAGCAGUGGAUUGCAGCAGCAAAAGAGGCCCGGCUGCAGCACACCAAAAUCUGCUGCCUCUUUGCUUCUCCAGAAGACUACUGCAGGCAAACCCUAAACCCUAAACCCUAA